GUCAGACUAACUGUUUUGAUUGUUGAUAAAAUUAAUAGGUGUUAAGUUAAAUUAAAAUAAAAUAGAAAGUAAAGUUUGUGAUUCUUUUAAAAUAAUUACUGCAUAAAUAUUAUCUAGCUCCCCGCUGAAGAUAAAUAAAUUACCAGGCGUUUCAUCUUUAAAUAAUUAAAGUUGACAUGUUAAAAUACAUCCCAAAAGUUUCUUCAAAGAUAUGGUUACUCUGUUAAGUGAAAUUCAUUUCUGGACAACACAAGAAGAUAUUGUUCUUAAAACUACAGAUUAUGGUUCUUUCAAAUAUUACACUAAAAGGGAUGGCACCGAAACCCUCAAUGGCCAAAGUAAAAAACAAUAUUGUGACCAGCGUGGGCUCCACUGGUAUCUUCCUAAUAAACGUCCACAUAGACUAAAAGACAAAUUGAAAGAAUUAGAGGAUUAUCUGAUACAUAAUCGUGUUGUUUCUUUCAUUUUUGAAGAUACCAAAAUUUUAUUAUUACUUUCAACAGGACUUUUAGUUACUUUGACUUUAAAUAAUAAAACUGGGGAUUUGACCAAUAUACUAUUUGACAAGCAGUUAGCUUCAAAGCUUCAAGCAAAUAUCAUUUGUGAUGGAACAAUUUUUGGGAAUCAAGUAAUAUGUAUUUGUAACGAUGGUCACUUAUUGGGAUAUGGAGGGCCUUGGAAGGAGGGAUGGGUGUUAGAAGGGGGACCUAGAAGGAGACUAAACUAUUAUGGUGAAUGGUUGGUGGUAUGGGGUAAAGCCGGUGCAGAACAUCCCCAGCCAUGGAGUCCUUUGGCAAAAGACCAUCAAAGAGCAAAUUUACACCUAUAUUGGAUUGGCGCCAGAGAUCCUGAGUUAUUAUCGUAUAAAAAGACUGAUGGGGAACCCUUAGAAGUGAUUGUCAGUAAAUUUAGAAGUAGGACUUUAAUUCUGAUAGAACAGAAAGUAACUCAAAGAGGUGCUGUAUCUGUAGAAGUAAGCAAUUUUGAGUUGGUAGGAGUUAAUCUCAAACGAAUCUCAGUGACAUCUGUACCCCUACAGACUCAAGUUAGCUGUUCUGCCCUAAGUAAAUGUGAGGACAGAUUGUUAAUAUGUUGUAUAGAUGGCUCCUUAGCAUUAUUAGAUCGCAGUAGGGGCUGUACAAGAACUAUUAAAGCUAAUUUUAUUCCAACUUUGUUAGCUUGGCAUCCUGCUGGAGCUGCAGUUGCUAUUGCCAACGAUAAAGGACAGUUACAGUAUUACGAUACUGCUUUGUCUUGUAUAAAAAGUCAAUUUUUAAACGAAGAUUGUUUACCAACAGCAGUUGUUAAUUUGUCUACUUGCUUUAACUUACAAUUUAGUACAGCUUCCAUAAAUUGGGGUCCCAAGGACCUGAUUGUUACUUUUGAACAGGGACCACUUGCCGUAGUUACGCAUAUUAAUCAAUCUUUAACGUUCAAAUCUCUCAUUCAAAAUUAUUUAAAUUUGGGUAAGAUUGAUAAAGCGAUUAAGUUGUUGCUCUCUUGGGAAUUUCGAGAAGAGAGUUUCUUUGCCUUACAGAAGAUUGUUGCUCAUUUGAUGAGGCAACCUCUGAAUGAAGAAGUUUCCCAACAUGUACAGAUUGCUUUAGGAAGUUAUCAUAAUAGUCCAGUUCCCAUCAGGCCUCAAAUUCGACAUAGGUAUGGAAAUCAGGUAAUAUCUUUAACGAGGCGCUUCUUUCAUCAACUGGUACGAUCAGAAAUGUUCGAAACGGCAUUUCUCCUGGCAGUUGAUGUUGGUCAUCAUGACUUAUUCAUGGAUCUUCAUUACAUCGCUGUAAAAGUUGGAGAGACUGAGAUGGCAGCUGCAGCUAGGGCGCAAGCUUCAGCGCUGUUAAGUAGAUGUUCUAGUGAGGCUUCAAACUGUUCUCGCACAUCUUGUUCCCAAUGUUCGGAAAGCGAAAGCUCUUCUAGCGAAGAUCAAAGUUCUUUUGAAACGCAGAAAGAGCACGAAGAAAUACUAACCAAGUCGACGUAUGUACCACCUCUGCCGCUCAGCUCCGAUAAUUGCCUAGCAACGGACUUUAAUCAGCCAGAUCCGACCACCUACAAACCGAUGACUGAAAAGCAAACCGCACCUACUUCAGCACAUUUGAGUGAAUGUUUUAGGUUUAAUUACACGCCAAAAGCAACUUUCGUUAAAUCGCCACAAGUGCCUAGUAAUUUUACUAAAGUUGGAAUAAGUUCUGGCGGUGGCAUGCUGCCACCUCCUCUGCCAUUUACAGCAUCUCUAUCAAACGUCAGUAAUUUGCCGUAUAUGCAAAGUACUUCAUUCGUCGAAGGAUUCAAUAAUAGUCCUAUUGUCAGUAACGCAUUUUCUUUAAAUGGGAGUGUUUUUAAUAGUUGCUCCGUGAGUAGUAACUCAUUCUUGUCAAAUAACCAGUUUUCAACAUCCAUUUCAGACUUCACUUCAGUAAAUAUACCACCGUUAAAUAACACAAAGAAACCAUUAUCGACUAAUAAAAUAGUAGCGCCUCCGUUACCCAAGUUGAUCCCAAACUCCAAUACAGAGGACCUUAUAUCUUUUCCCUCGCAGUACACAUCAAACUCACCGCUUUUUGGAAUGUCUCAUGUAAAUAGUAAGAAAAAUCAACCGAAAGUUAAGUUCUCCGAUACCGUGACAGCUUUUAUAGUACCUGAAAUAAAAAGACCACAAAGACCUGCUCCUCCUCCUUCUCAUGUUACAGAUCCUCAGAAGGAAUUGGCGGAUAGUCUGCCAUUGUGUCACCCGAACGAAGAUUAUUUAAAAGAUUUUACACCUGUCAAGAAGGAGGACACCGAUGGAGAAGGUGACAGUGAACAACCCAAAAUUAAGGUUAUACAUUUCGGGGUCGUAUGAUUUUAUACGGAUUGUAACGGGUUCUAACACUUCAUUUGGCCUCGAUUUUGAUAUUUACAUGUUAUAGAGUCGUUUUAACAUCAAUUAAACCUUUUUUUGCACCUUUGUGCUAGAGUUUGAAGACAGAAUAUUGCUUCUCUUGUCUCCAUGCCUUUCCUGAAGCCAAAUUGUUCUUGACUGGUGACUUCGUCACAUCUUCUGUAUAUUAUGUUCUGUAUGAUUCGCAAGUAAAGCUUCAGAAUGUUAUUUAGUCCACUUAGAACGCGGAAGUCCUGGCAUGAUUUGGCGUUCUUCUUUUUUGGCAGUCGUAUGAAGAUGGAUUCCAGCCAACUUUUAGGAAUCGCUACUGCUCUGUAAAUAUUAUUAAAUAGGCCAAGGAAAAAAUCUAAGUUUUCCUCGUUGAUUAAUUUCAGUAACUUAGCUGGUAUUUCGUCUUUUCCUGCAGUUUUGUUGUUUUUUAGUUGACGUAGAGCAUAUUCCAAUUCGGCAUUUAGUAUUAGAGGACCUUCGUGGUUUUAUUUAUUUAAUAUAGGUUCUCUGAUGUCAUAGAAGAGUUCCUUUAUCUAGUCUUUCCACAUGUUUAUUUAUUCUUCCGUGCUUGAAAUCGGUUUGAACUGUGCUUUGGUUAGAUUAUUUGAUUUUUGUGAGUAUGCCGUUCCUGUGAAUUUCUUGAGUUUCUUAUGAACAUGGAAGUCAUCAUGUUUUUUAUUUAAGUCUUCGAUCUUUUCACAUCGUUCUGUUAUCCAUAUUUCUUUUGCAGUUUUUGUUUUUUGUUUGAUGGUUCUGUUUAUUUCUUUGUGCUGUUCACAUUUUCUUCUAUCAUUCAUUAUAUGUAAUAUAAUAGUCCUAUUGUCAGUAACACAUUUUCUUUAAAUGGGAGCGUUUUUAAUAAUUGCUCCGUGAGCAGUAACUCCUUCUUGUCAAAAAACAAAUUUUCUACAUUCAUUUUCGACUUCACUUCAGCAAAUAUUCCGUUAAAUAACACAAAGAAACCAUUAUCGACUAAUAAAAUAGUAGCGCCUCCGUUACCCAAGUUGAUCCCAAACUCCAAUACAGAGGACCUUAUAUCUUUUGCCUCACAGUAUACCUCGAAUUCGCCGCUUUUUGGGAUGUCUCGUGCCACCCGAACGAAGAUUAUUUAAAAGAUUUUACGCCUGUCAAGAAGGAGGACACCGAUGGAGAAGGUGACAGUGAGCAACCCAAAAUUAAGGUUAUACAUUUCGGGGUCGUAUGAUUUUAAACUGAUUAUAACGGGUUCUAACGUUUCAUUUCGCCUCGAUUUCGAUAUUUACAUGUUAUAGAGUCGUUCUAACAUCAAUAAAACCUUUUUUGCACCUUUGUGCCAGAGUUUGAAGACAGAAUAUAGCUUCUCUUGUCCCCAUGCCUUUCCUGAAGCCAAAUUAUUCUUGACUGGUGACCUCGUCACAGCUUCUGUAUAUUCUGUUCUGUAUGAUUCGCAAGUAAAGCUUCAGGACGCCGAUUUUUGAUCCUUCGCUUCGUUAUCGAUCAUUCGCUAUCUGUGUCUGUAGAGAGUACAGAUACAGAUAGCGAUAACGAAACGAAGGGUCAAAAAUCGGGGUCCAGAAUGUUAUUUAGUCGACUUAGAACGCGGAAGUACUGGUAUGAUUUGGCGUUCUUCUUUUUUGGCAGUGAUAUGAAGACGGAUUCCAGCCAACUUUUACUACUGAUCUGUAAAUAUUAUUAAAUAGGCCAAGGAAUAGGUCUAAGUUUUCCUCGUGGAAAACCUCCAUUAAUCUCCAUCUCCAUCAGUGGAUUGCUCACUGAUAAGAAGGCAGUGAUCAACCCAAAAUUAAGGUUAUACAUUUUGGGGUCGUAUGAUUUUAUAUGGAUUAUAACGGGUUCUGACAUUUCAUUUGGCCUCGAUUUCGAUAUUUACAUGUUAUAGAGUUGUUUUAACAUCAGAAACCGAAUCAGAAUUUUUUUCAUAAGGAAGCGGCCUCACAUCAUGGACUAAUAACUUUUUCUGGAGUGUUGAAUGUUUCCAUGACCUUCAAAUCUUGGUGGAAUCGCUCGCCGUACUAGCCCGAUCAAAGAACAAUCUGACCCAAAAAAAAAUAAAGGAAGGAUGAAAAUUUGGGAAUAGGUAGUUGAAAUUGUCUAUUAUUAUAUAAGAAAAAGUUUACAAUUCUACAUCCCCUCCAUUUUUCAAAAAUAGAGGGGAAUACCCCCUGUCGAAGGUGAAAAAUAUACAUUCAAAAUAAGUCCGGAAUUGGAUAAAAUGACUAAUUCUAAGCAACUUUUGUUCUAUAGAGUUUUUUUCCUGUCAAUACUUUUCCAGUUAUUUGCAAGUGACUAUGUCAUUUUUAACAGAAAAAACAUGUUUUUGGACGGUUUUUCGGAGAUAACUCAAAAAGUAAGUAUUUCAGCGAAAAAAAUAUUCUUAGCAAAAAUAUAGCUUAUAAAAAACUGAAAAUAAUGGUGUAUCCUUGAGGUCUGUAGACCCAGUAGAAGCAGAGUUGUAGUUAAUGAAAAGUAGGUUCUUUUUCAUAAAAUUCCAAAUCGAAUAUUUCAAGGUGAAAUAACCCAAAAACGGAGCACUUGAACGAGUAACUAAUCACGAGUUUAGGCAAAUUUUGAACAGCCAUAGCACAAUCAAUUUUAGUAUAUCAAGAAAACAAAAAAGGAAAAAUAUUCAGAAAAGCAAAACGUACAUUUUAUUACCCUUUAAGAUUUUUGGUAUUACUAAUAAUUUUUAAGUUAAUUCCAUGAACAAUUCGAUUUUUUUUCAAAAUUAUUUUUUUUUUAUUUUAAACGCAAUUUUUUUUUAAAACUGAGCACUUUGAAUUAAUGAAACUUAUAGAUAAUAUAAACAAUACAUAAGUAAAGUAAUUUGUGAAGCGGUUACGAUUCAUUUUAUUUGGGAGGCUAAUUAGGGGGUGAUUUUCGCGAUUUUUGUACCAAAAAAUAAAAGGGACCAACAAUAUUUUGAGCGUAACCACCUACUUUUAAUGUUAGAAAUUUUUUUAAAAAACAAAAAUAAACCUUUUUUUAAACACUUUAAAAAAGUUGUAAUGAAUUUUCCCCGAAAAAUGCUCUGUUUUUUGGUUAUUUCACAUUGAAAUAUUCGAUUUGGAAUUUGACGAAGAAGAACCUACUUAUCAUUAGCUACAACUCUUCUUAUACUGUGUCUGCAGACCUCACGCGUACAUCAUUUUUUUAUAAGCUAUAUUUUUACUAAGAAUAUUUUUUUCGCUAGAGUACUUACUUUUUGAGUUAUCUGCGAAAAACCGUCCAGAAACAUGUUUUUUUUUGUUAAAAAUGAACAUAUUCACUCGCAAAUAACUCGAGAAGUAUUGACUUAGUGAAAAAACUCUAUAGAACAAAAGUUGCUUAGAAUUAGUAAUUUUAUCCAAUUCCGGGCCUAUUUUGAACGUAUAUUUUUUCACUCACCAGAAAAUAUUUCACCCCGUAUUUCCAAAUUUUUGUAAAAUGGAGGGGAUGUAGAAUUGUAAACAUUUUCUUAUAUAAUAAUAGACAAUUUCAACUACCUAUUCCCAAAUUUUCAUCCUUCCUUUAUUUUUUUGGAGGUUUUCGUAAAAUUUUGUGUUCCCUAAUCGGGCUAUACUGAUCACUGACUGCAGACUGCACCAAGAUUUUGCGGGAAAUUAACAAGGUGCCUAUGUGUAAAAAUCAGUUGGAAGGUCUCUAAGGGCCGGUUGUUCGAACGCUAAUCAACAAUGAUCACUAUCAAAUAUUUAAUUACUGUCACAACUGUCAAUGUCAACUUUGGUUGGGUUGCUGAAAACAUAAUUGAUUAUAAUUAUGAGAUUUGUUAAUCAAUUAACAUAACAAUUAUUAACAUAAUUGAUUAACUAAUUUCAUAAUUGUAAUCAAUAAUUAUGUUUUCAGCAACCCAAUCAAAGUUGACAUUGACAGUUGUGACAGUAAUUAAAUAUUUGAUAAUGAUCAUUUUUUAUAAGCGUUCGAACGCUAAUCAAAAAUGAUCAUUAUCAAAUAUUUAAUUACUGUCACAACUGUCAAUGUCAACUUUGGUUGGGUUGCUGAAAACGUAGUUGAUUAUAAUUAUGAGAUUAGUUAAUCAAUUAACAUAACAAUUUAUUAACAUAAUUGAUUAACUAAUUUCAUAAUUGUAAUCAAUAAUUGUGUUUUCAGCAACCCAAUCAAACUUGACAUUGACAGUUGUGACAGUAAUUAAAUAUUUGAUAACGAUCAUUUUUGAUUAGCGUUCGAACAACCGGCCCUAAGAGUUGCCGGUUGCCGGAAAAAAAAAAUUCAGCAUAAUUCUGUACUCGAAAAUUUUUGAUUUUUUUAUUUUGACGUGGUAGAAGGAACUAGCCACAGUUUUAAGGAAAACUAGUCACUAAUGAACUAUAAAACAGCUCAAAAGUCAUAAUCUACAGAAAUUAUGUUUUACAUUGUUCCCCAGUUUAAUAAUUUCUUAUUAAAACUUCCUCGGGGUACAGAUGAUUCUAUUGUAUAUACGUGUUAGAGUUUUAUUAACGUAAUUAUUUGUACUCUCAUAUGACUAAUGCAAGUUAAAAAUAACAUGAAUUUCACCUUACAUUGUUGUAUUUUUUUCUGUAUUAUUUAUCCCAACUAAUUGUUCUCAAGGAUUGUUGUAUGUAUCGCUAUCUUGAGUCAUACGUCUAGCGCACCAGACAACAACUGUACUAUUUUUUAUACAAUAUCCGUCCAAUAAUUAGCAGUAUUUAAUGUUAAUUAACUUUAUUUAUUUUUAUAAUACUCAUUUUAUAAUAAAGUUUUUAUAUAAA